UUAUUUCCAUUUAAUUAGCUUUCACAUUCAUUACUCGCCAUUUUGUAGUCUUAAUAAAUAUACAGUCUUAUGUGAGUCGGUCGUGAAUUGGGUUUUGUUAAAAAAAAUUAUAAAUGAUGUACAUUUGCUGUUGAUUAUGAUUAAAUAAAAUUAUUUUUUAAAUAUUUAACAUUUAUUGUCGGACAUAAAAUUAAAAUUAAGAAAUAGGAGAAAAAUAAAUUUAAAUUAACAACUCGAUUUUGUUGCCUCAAAAUAACAAUGAUGGAGAUCGAGGUGCCAGAAUUUACAUCCAAGGAUGAUGAGAUUCAAUAUUGGAUGGAUUUGGCUCAACAAAUGUUCCAAAGGAAACAAGACGUGGAGCAAGAGUUAGCAGAAUUUGAGGAAAAUUCAAAGAUGCUGGAGAAAGAGUUGGAAACAGCGUUGGAGCAAGCUGAGAACACAAAUCGUGAAUUGAGGCAACGGAAUUCACGAUUAGCUACUGAAGUUGAACAGUUGAGAACACGAUUGGAUCAACAAGCAGUAGAUUGUUCGGUUUUCCAAACACGAGCCACUGAAUUGGAGAGCCAACAUGAGCAGCUUGUCAAAUAUAUUAGAGAGUUGGAGCAAAAAAACGAUGAUCUAGAACGAGCCCAUCGAAUAAAUCAAGCGUCUGAAGAAGCCAUAGAAGCUAAAUUCAAUUCAGCAAUUGAAAAAAAUGCUCUAUUGGAAUCAGAACUUGAUGAAAAGGAAAAUCUCAAAGUUUUAGUUCAAAGACUGAUGGAUGAGAAUAGAGAUCUUAAACAAGAGAUUAAACAUGUCAAAAGACACCUUCCGGAUAAUGACAAAUCAGCAGCAGAUAAAGUCCGUGCUUUAAUGGACAGUAAUAAACUACAAGUUGAACUUGAGACUAAUAACACUCCUGUAAUCUCUCCACUCUCGCAGCAAAAUAUACCGACAACUCAUUCGACAACAGCACCGUUUAAACUUGCAAACGGUGUUGGCAAUGUUAUCAACAACAACAACAAUAUUAAUAACAACAACAACAAUAAUAGUAUGAACAUACCAAUGGCUCCAUCAUCGAGAAUACAAGCGAUGAAUUUAAUUGGCGACUUAAUGAGACGAGUUGGGGCUAUGGAGAAUAAAUUGAACUCAUGCAGAAACGCGUCACGAGAGGAUCAAGCCAUGAGAGAUUUGUACAGGACGACAACGAUAAGACGACAGGUGCGAAGCCUCGCAUCAAGAAAUAACAAUCACAUUUGACUGUAAGAUAAUUUGUCAACGAAUUAAAUAAUAAUUAUUUCACUUCUCGUUUUAUUCCAGUGUUAAGUAUAUAAUUAAAAAAAAAAAAAUAAUAAUAAAAUUGCUUAACUUUUUUAAUAGCUUAGAUAAUUUAAUAAAAAAUUAUCGUGCUUGUAUUUGUAAUCAUCAAUAAUUCGAUAUGAGUUUAUUGUUUUAUAUUUAUUUAUAUUUGACUAGCCUUUAAUGUAAAACAAGUAAAAGUUUAUUAAAAAAUCAUGAUGAUUUAUGAUUGAUUACU